UGACAUUGCCGCGGCAGCAGAGGACAUCCCAAAACCAUGGACGUCAUCGCGCGCUCCAUCGGGGGCUUCGUGCCCAUCUACGACUACCAGACCGCCAAGGAGUACGCUGAGCUGCUCCUGAACGCGCAGGUGGUCGUCUCCGUCUUCGGUGCCCUGUCCUGGGCCUUCGGCGGCAUCAACAUGAUCACCUUCGGGUUCACCCUCUUCGCCAUCGUGGCCCUGGAGGCCGGGAGCGACCGGCUCCUGCGGAUGUACACCAUCUUUGUCACGGGAAUGUGGAUUAUGGACGUCGUGUGGCUCGCGCUCUGGGGGACCCACCUGCACAAGGCCUCGGUCCCCUGGUACAACAUGGGCCUCUCCGAGCCCUCCACCACGGACAAGUUCGCCACCGUCCCCAAAUUCCUCCUCGCCAUGCAGAGCAUCACGUUCAUCAUCCGCCACCUGCAGAUCCUCCUCUGGUCCAAGAUGUGGGACCUCGACUUCGGCGGCGCCGGCGGACCCGGAGCCAACGACCCGUACCACAACAUGGAGGCGCACCCGCCCAUCCCGCCCCCCGCGGCUCCCGUUCAGUACGCGCACACCCCGGGGGUUGGGGACGAUUCUUACGUGCCCCCAUCCGCCGGUCCGGCGAAUCCUCCGGCCAUGACGAGCCCGGCGGCGUCGCCCUACAAGCCCCCCGCGUCGGGACCGGGACCCGCGCAGUGAUUGUCGUUCACGCGUGACGGCGACACGGCGGGGGGCUGACCCCGCGUUGAGGGUGAGCGGAAUACGGCGAGGUUGAAUAUAUGGGAGGCUUUGGGCGCCGAUGAAAGCGUUGGCGAAUCGAUGCGCGCGUCCCCGCGUCCUCGGUGUACUCGAAUUUGGUAGUACAAGCUACGAGCAGGUUUGUGAUCUUGGUCGCUAGUCCAAGUGCU